AUGAUGGAGGACGGAGAAAAUGAAGAGUUAUUUUUAGAGAAUGUUGAUAUUAACGAUGACGUGGUAACUUUAAGAGAUCUAUUUGAAAGGCGAAAAAUAUUGUUGCGAAAAAAGAAGGAAAUAUUGAAUAAACAAUAUUAUGCAAAUAAACUUGCUGCAGAAAAUCAGCAACAAGAACUAGUUUCCGUUCCUUUGUCAGGGGAAUUAGAGCAAGAACCUCCGAACCAAAAUUUGACAUCCGAAUUGACUACGCUUACAACAAUAUUGGAUACUACUUCAACACAGAAUAGAGAUGAGAAUAUUACUUCUAUUGAUGUAAACAUUAAUAUAGUGGAGCCUAAUAAAAAUGACCUUGAAUUUUCGUCCAAUGAUUCAGUCACUGAUCCUUCAUUUGUCGCCCUCUCAGACAUAACAAAUUUAAAGCCUCUAUCACCAGCAAAUACGGAGUGGUUUCCCGAAAGGGAAAUAGAAAAUACGGCGAAGAAAAAUGGAAGAAAGCGGAAAGGGAAUCCUAAUAACUGGAAAAGAAUAAUAAAUAAGCGGCAAAGGAUGAUGGGCGAGGAAUACAUUGGAUUUAAAAAAGAUGGCACUAAAUUCGUUCAAAAUGAUCCUAAACCCGCCAGAAUAAUGGGUCCAAUAUGUAUGUCGAAGAGAUGUUUCAGUGGUAAAGCUAUGUAUUGCCCAAAGCUAACAGAAGAAGUGUGGUCAGAAAUUUUUAAAACCUAUUGGAAAAUGAGUUGGCAUGAAAAGAAAAUGUAUAUAGCUUCAAUGGUGGAUAAGACACCUACAACUAGAAAAACUAAGAACUCAAAUUCAAGGCGCAGUGACACCAAAGUUUACUAUUUAAAAGUAAACGAUAAAAAGGAAAGAGUUUGCUUAAAAACAUUUUUGGAAACAUUGGGCAUAAAAGAAUGGACAGUUCGAUAUUGGCUAGGAGAGAAGACGACCAUCGACAAUGAAUCUGAACCAAGUGCUGUAGUAGCCACAGAAACAAAAAAAGAAUCAGCCAGAAAAUACUUGAUGGCGCUACCGAAACUACCGUCUCAUUACUGUAGACAAUCUACUUCAAAGCUAUAUUUAGAACCCAUCAUACAAACAAAAUCACAAUUGUAUCGUCUAUAUGUAGACUACUCAGUUUCGCGAAAUGAACCUGUGGCCUCUAGGAAGGUAUUUGAAGGGGUUUUAUACGAAGAGAACAUCAGUCUAUUUCAACCAAAGAAAGACGCAUGCGACCAGUGCUGCGCUCACAAAGCAAGUAACAUGUCAGAUGAACAGUAUAUAAAACAUAUUGAGCUAAAAGACUUAGCUAGAAUUUGA